AUGAAGAGGAUGAGAGAUCCCUCUGAGAGGAAGUCGAAGAAGAAGACUGUGAAGUUGGGAGAACCUUCAAAAACCAAAUCACCCAUGCCUUUGGACUCCUCUGUUUCAAGUAAGUCAUUUACCUCUGAAACUCCUUCAAAUUCAAAUUUAAAGCAAAUAUCUUCCUCUAUACCUCAACCAUCUUCUACCCAUACCCCAUAUGAACCCACCAUAUCUAUCCCAACUCCCCCUGAACCUCAUAACUUUAACCAUUCCUCACCCCUUUUACAACAAUUCAACCUCACGACCACAACACUUCCUAUAUCUGAAGUGUUACUUCUGAAUGGACCUAUUUCACCUCCCUCCUUAACUCCCUCAUCACCACCAUAUUAUAACAUGUCUUCUGACUCUGAACAGCCAAAAACCAUUGACCCUCCAUCUCCGACAUUGGCCCAACUCCAAGUCAUAACACUAUCUAACCAACCUCCAUCUGUCCCAGAAACCUCAGUGCCUUCACCAUCCGAACCUCAAACAGAACCUCCAUCUAAACCUCCCACUGAACCUUCAUCUGAACUCCCUACUGAACAACCCUCUAAACCCUCCCCACCCUGA